UUCUUUUUUUUCAAGACCUAACAUUACAUUAUCUAAUUUAAUUUAAAUUAAUUUGUAGCCCUGUUGUCCAUCCAAUUUUUUAAUUGAUCUUUUGUAUGCAACCAUUUUUACCACAAGGUUUGUCAUUUGCUUGAAACCUACAAUUUGGUCAUUGUGUUGGACCUUAUAUAACAAUAAUAUUUGAUGUAAUUCUUCUCAUCUGGACCAUCCAUCAUCUUAUUUAUUUCGUCUGGAUUAGGAUUUUUGACUGCUCUUCCAGCUGUAAUCGGAAAUAAUACUUUCCAACUUGUGACAACCCUUUUACAUUACACAGAUUUAUCUGUGUAACCAACUACAUAAGAGUCUUUUCAACGAUUGCUAUUACCGUCUUUUCGUGUCACUCUUAUAUUUUAACUGAUGGGCAUUACAAACAGUGCAUUGAAUAACCUAAAAAGCAAUGAACAUCUCAACAAAUUUGCUUCCAAUCAACAUAUACCUGUUGGGGAUUCCUUUUGGAACGAGAUGCUUAGCUUCUCAUUCACUAAAUCAAUUCGAACCUUAGAAGAGACGAGAGUUUUGGAGGAUUCAGUUUCACCACUAUUAAACUCUUUAUUAAGUCAUAAUUUAAAUUCUAACAACCUUGGUUCGCUGGUUAAAAUAUUCAUUAGCAAAUCAGCUGCUUUAAAAGAUGAACUCAACAAAGAGGCAAGUCAAAACAUUAUUAUAUGUCAAACUUUCAAUUCAAUGUUUGUCAUUAGGUGUUGUGCCAAGCACUUAGUUCAAACGCUCACAGAGGAAAAUGUUUUAAAACACUUCUUGGCUAGAAAAGAUGGAAAAGAGGGAAAUGAGACCGGAGUUGAGGUUAUGGAGUCUCUCAUUAAUAACUUGGUUUCUGUAUUAGUGGACAUUCCGUUAAGUGACUCUACAUAUGCCCUUCAUUGCGAGUGCAUUAAUUUAUUGCUGGUUCUCUUGUCCGUUCAGAUGUACUCAGUUAAACCAGCUAGCAAAUCGGUUAUUUACAGAUGCAUCAUGAAGAAAUGUGCAAUUCAUUCUCUAUUAUUAACAAAGUGUCUUAUUAAUAAUUUCAUCCGACAAGAUCUACCUCCUCGAGAAGAUGGUGGUUCCGUCAUUUUGGAUCUGGCUUCGGGUUUAUGGAGUGCCUUAACUUUAGGUUAUGGCAAAAACAACAACGAUGAAACUCUGAAACCUGUUCUAUCUAAAUUAAGUUUAUUUUUAUUAUUAGUUCUAACUUAUCAUUGCACCACUGACUCUAAUCCUUAUCGUGAAGCACUUUUCAAUUGCUGUGAUCUCCAAGUUGAUAGUAUUGGUGUUGCUGGUUUGGUUUCUGGUUUCAAAAUGAACUUUAAUCAACUUUUCUCCACCCUUUGUGCAACUCAAAACGAGGAUCAGUCAACACUUAUUCUUUAUUUACUCCUUUACAAAAAUCCCUCUUUCCGAGCCUUCCUUAUCAGCCGAACAUCACAGCUUGAUGAUCUGACUAUUCCUAUAUUGAAAAUUCUAUACCAUUCCGGUGAAAAAACGUCUCACCACAUUUAUAUGGCCGUCAUCAUCCUUCUCAUACUUAGUGAAGACGCACUUUUCAAUGAGUCAAUUCAUGAUAUUACUCUUAAGAACAUAACUUGGUACUCAGAACGAACUUUGCCUGAGAUUAGUUUGGGCGGUUUAAUUAUUCUGAUGAUCAUCCGAACAGUUCAGUAUAACAUUUCUAGGACAAGGGAUAAAUUCUUGCAUACUAAUUUAUUGGCAACUUUAGCUAAUAUGUCCAAUCAUUUUCGAAGAUUAAGCCCAUAUGUAUGUCAACGAUUGGUAACAUUGUUUGAAAAAAUAUCAAAAAAGUUGCAUAAGAUAUUGAAUAGUCAGAAUGCCAUCAAUGGAAAUGGAGGAGACUCGGGGGAAAAGUUGUCUGAUAAAGAUACUGAUGUGGCCUCAACAGUCGGGCCAUUAGAUCCAACACAAGAUACAUCCAUUUACGAAGAAGUUCUUCGCAUGCUGUUGGAAAUAAUGAAUUCCACUCUUUCCUCCCAAUUAAUUCACAAUCCUAACUUGGUUUAUACUUUGCUAUACAAUCGUCACGUAUUUGAACCUUUCCAAAGUCAUCCUUCAUUUCAAGAUAUUAUUAUGAACUUCGAUACAGUACUAACAUACUUUUCUAAUCGAAUCGCUGCUGCUGAGGAUUCAAAUACUUCAGUCGCUCAAGUGUACGAAAUCAUUCAAAACUGUUCUCUUCAAUGGCCAGCAGAUAAAAUGAAGAAAUUUCCUGAAUUAAAAUUCAGAUACGUGGAAGAUGAUCAACCGGAGGAGUUUUUCAUUCCCUAUGUAUGGUCAAUAGUUUAUAAAUCAUCGGGAAUCAAUUUCAACUCUCAGAAUAUACUAUUAUUCAAUCCUCACCGCAAUGUUAUUUGAAUCUUCACAUCAUUUUAUUUAAAAACUAAUUUUGCAUAGAUAAAUCAAAACUCGGUGGAAUAAAAAAUUGGUGAAAUUAAAAAAGCAAACAUAAAAAAGCACCAAGGAAACAAAAACAUGCAAUUGUUAUUACCUAAAAGUGCCUCAUUUCGUCGAGGCAAAUUGUUAGGAUAUUUUAUAUUCUAUUCCAUUGAAAUUCUACAAAAAAAACAAAGCAACAUAAGACCGGUGAAAAAUUAUGACUAAAGUAAAUCCGAAUUCUUGAAUUUAGAGCUUUAUCUGAUUUUUUGAACUAAGAAUCUACCUAUAGCUCAAGAUGAUGUAAAACAGUCAUCAAUUAGGUUAUUAAAAUUUUCAAUCAAUUAAGUAAGUCGCAUACAAAAUAGAACCAUGAAUUUUAUUUCUAUUUUAA